GUGCAAGUCUUUGGUGGAGGAAUGGACCAUUUCGGCGGAACUGUUGUCUUGCCUGGCAGCAGCUACCAGCCGGCAUUUUACUUUGAAACUUUGUUUUGCGCCAAAUCGUCGGUGGAGCCCGUGUCUGUCUGCAAGGACCAAGUGGACGAGUCGUGGGACGCUGAUGCGGAGCUGCCUCCUGCUCAGGCAGAGGACGGCGAGGACGAUGACGACGAGGGCGAGCCCACCAACCGGCAGGACUUCCAGAAAUGGAGAGCCAAGUUUCGGAACAAUGUGGAACUGGCAGCCGAACUGUAUCAAGACAGGUCGCUGCAGCAGAGUCUCCGCAUGAUCUACGUGACCACCCAACCAGCAGCCCAGGAGUAUUAUGACGCCAUCCAGAUUCAGAAACAGGGCCAGGAGAGCUGGGUUCAGGAGGAAACUGCAUUCCUGGAAACAACCUGGAAAGUCCUUCUGGAAAUCAGCAGUGCCAGGUGCUGGUCCCAGGCCAUGUACAGCACCUGCAUGCCCUUCGCACUGUCUGCUGUCUUCGGGCCCAGCGACACACACGGGCCUGCUAUGGAUUUCAUAAGGAAACUGGAUGCUGGCCUUGCAGAUGCCCAUCGCCUGUUGGCCACGGAGCCUGGCAGUGUGGCGGCAACGGCCGUGACUGCCCUCUUGAAGGACCUUUGGUGGCACCGAACACAACUAGCGCUGGAAGGUAUCCAGACCUGUCGAAAUUCGGGGUUUUCUGCACGCUGCGCGGAACUGAGAAGCUUUGUGUUCUGCUGCUUUGGCGGCCCAGCGAAUACGAAACACACCUGUGAAGAUGUGUUUUCACAUCUUCACAACGUGGUGCAACGGAGCCAGAAAGGUGCAGAGGUCAUGUCCAAGCAACUCGGUUGCGAUCAGUGGAGCAAAUUCUUCUAUGCCUCGACAUGCAGCUCCGCAUUGAAGAACGGCUACAAGCACAUUGGCUGCGAAACGGCAGACUACCGCAAGAUUGGUCUGGAGAAGUCGGAGCGGUACGGAUUGUACUUUUCUGCAACACGGCAACCUGACCAACGCUUGGAGCUCGGGUCGCUGGAAGAGGUGAAGCAAAAGUGGGGCACGGCCGGCACGCUGGCUGACAUGCGGAUGUGCGCAGCAACGGUGACGUUGCAUAGGUGCGCUGAGCAGGGCAGCUUCGACGCAGUCGCGGACUACUGGACAGGUGUCUUCCUGUCGAAAGGCUUGGUCAUCUUGAACAACACCGAAGACAGGGCUUACCUGUCGUUAGGAUUUCGCGGAUGGGCUGCGCAAGCCAUCCCGCUCCAGAUCGUGGGGAAGACAGACGGUGGUGAGUUGAUGUUUGUGGUGUCGGCAGAUAUUGUUCAAGGACGGAUGCAGCCGCAGUGGCUGUGGAACACCACGGCAGCGGCGGCAGCGACGACAGACACGGCGACAGACACACAAUGGAAAGCAUGUCAGGUGCAUGUCAUGCACCCGGCGUGCCUACCUGUGCAGCACCGCCGUCAUGUGUGUGCCCUGCGCCAAUGCAGCCCCGUCGAGGGGUUGGUCAAGGCUUGUUUGCGUGCUGCAAGCUGCGUGCUGAACCAGGAUGUCAUAGUGAAGCUGUGCAAAGCCAACAAGGCACCGAAACCGGUUCCCACAGGGAAACUCAACAAGAAAGGAAAGCGAGGCAUGAGGAAGGGGGACCAUGUGCGAGCUCUUCUUGCCGUGGUCUUCCCUGAGAUGGACACAGAGUCCGACGACUACACCCGGAUAUUCGAAGGUUUGGUUGGUGGGAUAUCCCCCACUGUGCCAGAAGAUUGCUCAGAGGACAUCCUCAGCGGUAUCAAAGCUCUCGAUCCAGACAACCAAGAGAAAUUUGCCGGUCUGCGCAGCAUGGCCGAAAAAGUGGAGGUGGAGAAGCAGGUGAGAAAGAGAAUGCGUCAGGCUCGGGCGGGCCAGGAACGGUCCGAUGACAAGGACGGCAAGGACCCCGCAAGCAGCUCAGGCGCUCGGCCGCAGGCGGAGCGCGAAGAUGCUGGAGACACACGUCGAG